AUGCAGAACACCGAACCAAGAAUAGUACCAUGGCGUUCUAAAAAGGAUCUGGCUAGGGUAUGUGAGCUUUUAUACCCUGCAAAAUUUGUAACGCCAGACUUGCGACAAGAAGGAGUACGGGAGGUUAAAUGUUGGGCUAGCAGAGGACCGUAUUUGGCGCACACUGUGGAAUCCACUGCACAUUUGACGGAAGCUAAACUUUUGGAUGAACAAGGAGUGGCAGGAGAAACUACGCUGCAAUUAAGUUACACGAUGGCAAUGAUCAGGUUCGUAAACGGUCUUCUAGAUCCAACGCAACAGUCGCAAUUUGCGAUUCCUUUGCAUGUGCUGGCCGAGCGAAUGGGUCUCCCAUCGUGGUUUGUGGAGCUGCGACACUGCGGAACACACGAGAGGGAAAUGCCAAGUUUGGAUAUGCUGCGAAUGGCGGUCGACCAGGCACUGGAAUGGCUUUGGGACAACUACUGGAGCGUCCAGCCCGAACAGGAUAGUCAGGGAAAAGAGGCGCAAAUGGAGUCUUUGGAGACAUCUACGGACGGUCUAAGCUUGGACCCGCGGGCUGUUGACCGCGUCAUGAAAAAAAUACCGUCGAUCGUCAAGCUUCUGACGCAGAACCCAAAUCUGGGCAAAGGACAGCUUGUAUCGUCGGCGUUUACUGGAGAUCAUGCGUCGCAGAACCCACCCACAAAAAAGCAUAAGACUAAGGAGAAGCCCGAAGAAAAACUAGAGAGUUUUGUGGUGCUUGCCAAAGAAGCGUGGCGAGGUUGUAAAGCUGACCCUGACAUUUUCGUAGAGAAAUACGUUCAAAAGUCCAGUUCUGGCUCGCCAGUAAUCUUGGAUCUUUUAGCAUACAGAAUUCAGUCAUUCGGGUUUGAACUGAGCCGCUGGCUCUUGAAAAACUAUCAAUCUUGUCUCAAGUCGUAUAAAAGCUUGCUGCGAGAGGUGUUCGAUGGUCCCCAACUGAAAAACUUCGUAAGCCAUGUGUGCGAGUAUGCUUUAGACGUGAAGAAUGUGAUUUCAGAUUGGGAGAAAUGGUCAACCGAGCUACGAGAGUAUCCAAAUUGGAUCUCUCUACAAAUACUACAACGCUGUGAUGUCACACUUCCGAGUACCAGCGAGAAGUUCCGCAAACGGUAUCGAGGCGAGGUGAAGGAAUUGAAGUGCUUGUUGGAGCAUUACAAGAAUUGUGUGCUUAAGUCUGAAAUUACGAUGUAUCAGUUGGCUAGCGGCGCGGGCAGCAACGACGCUGCCAGAAACACCGAGUCAGGAUUCAGGAGCCAGAUGUCCCGCUCAACAAGCAGCAUUCUUAGCGAUUUGCAAACGUUGAAGCAAACUGCAAGAACACACAAAAUCUAUGCAUGGGAGCCCGUUGAUGACUGGAUUCCGCGUCCGUUCGGGCAAGUAUAA